CCUGUUGGUCAGUCUCAUCUUCUGAGUUAUUUGAUGACCUCACUGGUGCUGGUGCCAUAUAAAAGGCUUCUAGUAGUCUGUGUAAAGUUGAUGGCAUUAGAAAGGGCAUGCAGCUGUAAAAACCAUGCCAAAGCAGAACUCGGAACUUGGUACUCUCCUCCAGCUUGUUGGUUUUUGUCAAGUCAUCCGACCCAUGCCAGCAUGGGAAAAUGGAUGUUAAAUGAUGAUGAUGAUGAUGAUGACAAUGAUAUGGGCAUGUGUUUUUGUGGUUGUGUGUGUGUGUGAGUCAUUAGGCCUCUACAAAACAACUGAAGUUGUGGGGGAGACAAAAAUAGAGGAGGAGGGGACUUGAGAGAUAAAGAGAGAGGUGAAAGAGGGAGAGACUCUGGUAGAAGUGUGAAGGAGGAAAGGUGGGAGGUAGAAACUUAGAGAGAGAAUUGUGAGAUCAGAGGAGGAGAUGGGGGGGAGAAUGUAUGAUUGAUGAGGAAAUAAAAAGGAAGGAGGGAGAGAGAGAGGCAGAAGAUGUACUCUAUAUGUAGGUGGGGGGGGGUAAAGGGUGAGGAAUAGGGGUCCGUAUGAUUUAUGAGAGAUGAAGACCUGAUAAAGGAUGGAACUGACAAACUGGGAAAAUGGAAGGAAAAGUGGAAGAAGUAUUAGAGAGAAGAGAUAGAGAGGCAGAGAGAAUGAGAGAGAGAUAGAGAGGCAGAGAGAAUGAGAGAGAGAUUGUGUGGGUGUUUGAAAUUUUAAAUCAAAGAUUAAGGAAACAGGUAGAAAGACAUGAUGCAAUGGAAAUGCACAAAGAGACAGACAGACAGACAGGUAACACCUUUAACAGUAUAAAAACAGACUGUUAUACCGUGAAAGUUUACAAUCUGUAUGACACCAGUGCAGUUGCAUACAUUGGUAUAUACAAUAUACACACCUGUAUAACUUUAUAUGCGUAUAAUAACAUAUACACAAAUGUUUUUUAUAUGUUAGUGUAUUGUAUCGACAGUUUUAAGUACAUGAUAUAUACACACAUAUAUAAAUAAAUAUAUAUGUGUAUAUAAACAUACAUACAAGAUUGUCUCAGCAGUGGAUCCCAAAGGGAUAAUUCUAAUCAGAAGUUACCAGAAAAUUAUAAAAAGUUCCUCAUUAUAGGGUCACAGAAAUCUACUCAAGCCAUAUAACAACAUGAAACCAUUUCAGACAAUAAUUCUGCUGAUGUUCUAUGGUGUAACCAGUGCUUUAUCAGGAAUUGACCGUUUUGCACCCCUUGUUUCCUACACACUUCCUGGCAGCGGCCAACUUGGGGCCUUUUCUCAAUACACAGUAGACAGGUGUGCGGAACUCUGUCUCAAAACCAGGCCAUGCAUUUCCUUUGAGUUUGAUUUACUUUAUGAAAUUUGCUAUUUAUCCAAGUUCAACAGAAGCAAUUACAAUUUGGUUACAAGUAAAACGAGGAAUUACUAUGAAUUAAACACUGAAUCAGAAAAUUUGGUGGAACCAAACAUUCAAGAAGGUAAAAACAAAGAACUCCGAACUGAUUCUACUGUUCAGGUGACAACCGAUUUUGAAAAGGGACAAAAUCUUGCAGAUGCUAAAGCAAAAGUCAAAGCUGUAGAUUCAUCCAUUAAAGAGCAAAACUUGGAAAAUAGAUUCCAUGUCAACUCUGAACAGAGCAGUUCUAAAGCAGAGGCUUCAUUGUCAGUAAACUCACCAAAACUCAAUCCAUCAGGAAGAUUUCCAGAAAAUGCCAAAAUCAGCUUAAAUGAACAUAAUGUGGCUGCAUCAGGUGUAUUUGAGGGUGGGAAAGCAAAAGGGUCUGUUGGCAGAAAUAAUGAAGAUUUUCAAGAUAAUCUGAUUAAUGAUUCUGUUGUUAGGUCUAAUCGUGAACGAUUUGGACAAGAAUAUAAGUUUCAGGUCAAUGGACCAACUUCAUUUGGUAAUAGUAACCAAAACCUUCCAUCUGGUGUCAAUACAGGAACAAAAGAAAAUGGAAUGGUCCAGGAAUCUCCACAUUUGACUCGACAGGAUUUCUUUCCAGUUGAAAGCAUGGGAGUGACAACAGCAAAGAAGAACCUUUUUGAGGAUGGUUUCCAAAAAGUUCACAAUAUUCAGGGACGUUUACCAUUCCUUUCAAAGGGCCAGGGUGAAGAUGAAAUCAUGGAUGCAAGAAAUGAAAGACCUUCUGCUGUUCCGAAUGGGAAUUCAAGAGAUUUUCAAAUAAGUGGUAAUUUCAAUGAUGAGGCUCUUGGAGAACAGCAGGAACUCACGCCAUCAUCAUAUGUACCACCAGAGUGCCACCUGAAACCAUUCCACAAGGACAGACGAUAUUACCUGGAAUUUGUCCCUGGUCAUGGAAUGAGACCUCGACCUUGUUCUGCAGGCACUAUCUAUAAUCACACUAGAUGUCAGUGCGUCAUUGGAUCUGUUGAAGUUACAGAAUGUGAACCAGAAUUCUUCUUGGACUUCAGUGACCAAAUUGCUGAUAAAUCAAGGAAUGGUCUUCCUCUCACUGUGUUUGGCGUCUAUCCGCAACAAGGAGCAGGUGUUUUUAAUAAUGACAGCCACAUUAAAAUUUGGCGCUUCUCUGGUGCUCGCAUUGGUAACAAGCUCACAAUUCACAUCAAGUUUAAAGACACUGGAAGCCAUAGGAACCAAAUUGACUAUUUAAUAUCUAACUGUUACCAAUACAACCGUCAGAAGACCAGCUCUGUGGCUUUGGCUCUCAACUGGAAAACAAGGGAUGUUUUGAUGCUGAUUGACACAAAUAAAUCUGAACCAAAAGUCCUUCGUCUAAAGUAUACGCCCAACCAGUGGGAAAACCUUACUCUGAAUUAUGAUGGUCAAAUAUUCCAAGCACAACUGGGACAAACUGUAUCAGAGAGAGUCACAUUGCAAGGUGAAAUUGAACCUAGACCAAGUGGUUUUGUUGUUGGUAAAUGUGGUCAUUUCCCAAGCUUCACAGGUCUAAUAAAAGAGGUUCAAAUCUACCUCUGUAAUCCAUGAAGAGAGAAACUGAUGGACAGGCAAUUAGCUAGACACAGUAACAAGUGAACACAACUGACCAGCAACUUGAACUUCAGCAGCAGAGAUCACUUAACUAGGCAUAGGACUGUUGAAUUAUUUAGUAUCACAUGUGUAUAUACUUAGGAACAUAAAUAAAAGAUUUAAA